GCGGCCGCUCGUCCGCGAGGCUGCGCGGCGGGCCGGGCCGGGCCGGAGCAGCGCCCGGCAUGUCGCAAGGGCUCCCGGCGGCCGGCAGCGUCCUGCACAGGAGCGUCUCGGUGCCCGGGAACCAGGCGCGGCCACAGAGCCCUGAGGAUGACGACAGGAAGGUCCGGAGGCGAGAGAAAAACCGGGUUGCCGCACAGAGAAGUCGGAAGAAGCAGACCCAGAAGGCUGACAAACUCCACGAGGAAUACGAGUGCUUGGAGCAAGAAAACACAGUGCUGCGGAGGGAGAUCGGAAAGCUGACGGAGGAGCUGAAGCACCUGAGCGAGGCGCUGAAGGAGCACGAGAAGGUGUGCCCGCUGCUGCUGUGCCCCUUGAACUUCGUUCCCUUGCCGCGGCCCGACCCCGUGGCUGGCUGCCUGCCCCGGUGAAGCCCAGAGAGGGCCCGCCGCGCCCCAGCGAGGAGCCCGACGAGUGGGUGGUUUUCAGCCCCCCCGCCCCCCUCUCGGGAGGAGGCUUCUCUCCACAUCCGUGUGCCUGGGUCACCUCUUUGGAGCUCCGGGCUGGGUCCUCGGUGGCGCAGGCUCAGCGUGACGCUCCCCGCAGGAGCCUGAUUCAGAGCCUCCCGGAGCCAGGCCGGAGUCGCUGUGCUUCUGCUUUGGCAGCUAGUACCUUCCCUUGCAGAAUCAUUUCCGCUAGCAUAUGCAUAAUAAAGGCGUUGUCGGGACUUCCUUGGUGGUCCAGUGGCUAAGACUCCCAGCUCUCCCAAUGCAGGGAGGCCCUAGUUCCAUCCCUGGUCAGGGAACUAGAUCCCACAUGCCACAACGGAAGAUCCUGCAUGCUGCAGCUAAGAUCCAACUUGGUCAAAUAAAUAAAUAAAAAUAUUAAA